AUGCAAUUAGCAUUAGCAGCUAAAUACAUCGGAGCUUCUAAAACUGUUAAAUUAAAUAGAAUAUUAUUAUCAAAUAUUUUUAUUAUAUCUUUAAUAGAUUUUAUGAAAACCUUUGAAGGAUUAAAUAUAAAUAAUAUACCUGAAAUUAUAUUAACUAAUCUUGAAGUUAUAGAUGUUAAUCGACUCCAGACUUAA